UGGGUGGCGGAAGUCGCCUUCACUUCCGCCCUUUCGGGGGCGGGGCUUACCGCCGCUCCUCGCUGCACUUCCGGCUGCGGGGCAGCUGCUGUGGCUCCCAGAUGAUGGAGACGGAGCGACUCGUGCUGCCUCCCCCGGGCCCCCUGGACCUGCCUCUUCGGGCUGUGGAGCUGGGAUGCACUGGGCGCUGGGCGCUGCGGAAUGUGCGGGGGGCUCCGGAGAGCACGCUUCCCCACGGCCUCCCUCCCUGUGCCCCAGAUCUGCAGCAAGAAGCCGAGCAGCGGUUCCUGUCGUCGCCAGCCUGGCUGCCUCUGCAUGGCCUGGAGCACUCAGCUCGAAAAUGGCAGAGGAAGAUGGAUCCUUGGUCCCUCCUUACUGUCCUGGGGGCCCCAGUCCCCUCCGACCUGCAAGCCCAGAGACAGCCAACCACGGGCCAGAUACUGGGCUUCAAGGAGGUCCUGCUGGAGAAUACAGACCUGUCGGCCACCACCUCCUUAUCUCUUCGCCGGCCACCAGGGCCCAUCUCCCAGUCCUUGUGGGGGAAUCCAACACAGUACCCUUUCUGGCCAGGUGGGAUGGAUGAGCCCACCCUCACAGAGCUGAGCACCCGGGAGGAGGCUGAGGAGGAGAUAGACUUUGAGAAAGACCUCCUUACCGUUCCACCUGGCUUCAAGAGAGGUGUGGACUUUGCACCAAAGGAUCACCCAGUUCCAGCGCCUGGGCUGCUCAGCCUCAGCCGUCUGCUAGAGCCCCUGGAUCUGGGUGGGGGCGACGAAGACGAGAGGGAGGCAGUGGGACAGCCAGGAGGUACCAGAGGAGACACUGUCCCAGCCUCUCCCUGCAGUGCUCCCGUGGCCAGAGCAAGCAGCUUGGAGGACCUAGUGUUGAAGGAAGCGUCCACAGCUGUGUCCCCUUCGGAGCCCCCCAAGCCCCUCCCUCAGGAGCAGUGGGCCGUUCCUGUGGAUGUCACCUCCCCCGUUGGCGACUUCUACCGCCUCGUUCCCCAGCCAGCCUUCCAGUGGCCAUUUGAGCCUGAUGUGUUCCAGAAACAGGCCAUCCUGCACCUGGAACGGCACGACUCGGUGUUUGUGGCGGCGCACACAUCUGCAGGGAAGACGGUUGUGGCCGAAUACGCCAUUGCCCUUGCCCAGAAGCACAUGACGCGCACCAUCUACACUUCCCCUAUCAAGGCUCUGAGUAACCAGAAGUUCCGAGACUUCCGAAACACAUUCGGGGACGUGGGGCUGCUCACGGGGGACGUCCAGCUGCACCCAGAGGCCUCCUGCCUCAUCAUGACGACAGAGAUCCUUCGCUCCAUGCUGUACAGCGGCUCAGACGUCAUCCGGGACCUGGAGUGGGUCAUCUUCGAUGAGGUUCACUACAUCAACGACGCUGAGCGUGGGGUCGUGUGGGAGGAGGUGCUCAUCAUGCUUCCUGACCAUGUCUCCAUCAUCCUUCUGAGUGCCACUGUCCCCAACGCCCUUGAGUUUGCUGACUGGAUUGGACGACUGAAGCGCCGCCAGAUCUACGUGGUCAGCACUGCCGCCCGCCCCGUGCCGCUGGAGCAUUAUCUCUUCACGGGGAACAGCCCCAAGACCCAGGGGGAGCUCUUCCUGUUGCUGGACUCGCGAGGCGCCUUCCACACAAAGGGGUACUAUGCAGCUGUGGAGGCCAAGAAGGAGAGGAUGAGCAAACACGCCCAGACCUUUGGGGCCAAGCAGCCCACGCAUCAGGGGGGGCCUGCACAGGACCGCGGUGUGUACCUGUCCCUCCUGGCCUCCCUCCGCACCCGUGCGCAGCUGCCCGUGGUGGUGUUCACCUUCUCCCGGGGCCGCUGUGAUGAGCAGGCGUCGGGCCUCACCUCCCUGGACCUCACCACGAGCUCAGAGAAGAGCGAGAUUCACCUGUUCCUGCAGCGCUGCCUUGCUCGCCUCCGCGGCUCUGACCGGCAGCUGCCCCAGGUGCUGCACAUGUCGGAGCUCCUGCACCGAGGCCUGGGCGUGCACCACAGCGGCAUCCUGCCCAUCCUCAAGGAAAUUGUGGAGAUGCUCUUCAGCCGCGGCCUGGUCAAGGUCUUGUUCGCCACAGAGACCUUUGCCAUGGGUGUCAACAUGCCAGCCCGAACGGUGGUGUUUGACUCCAUGCGAAAGCACGACGGCAACGCCUUCCGGGACCUGCUCCCCGGGGAGUACGUGCAGAUGGCGGGCCGCGCGGGCCGCAGGGGCCUGGACCCCACGGGCACCGUCAUCCUGCUCUGCAAGGGCCGCGUGCCCGAGAUGGUGGACCUGCACCGCAUGAUGACGGGUAAGCCAUCGCAGCUGCAGUCUCAGUUCCGCCUCACGUACACCAUGAUCCUCAACCUGCUGCGGGUGGACGCCCUCAGGGUGGAGGACAUGAUGAAGAGGAGCUUCUCUGAGUUUCCGUCCCGCAAGGACAGCAAGGCCCACGAACAGGCUCUGGCUGAAUUAACCAAGAAGCUGGGGGCCUUGGAGGAGCCUGACCUGACUGGCCAACUGGUGGACCUGCCCGAGUAUUAUAGCUGGGGAGAGGAGCUGACAGAGACCCGCAGCUUGAUCCAGGUCAGCAGGGAUGCGGGCAGACGGAGGGGAAGACAGGGCGGCACUCUGGGUGCCCCCGAACUGGUCCCUGCAUCCCUGACUGCCUCCUUCAUCCGUGUGCACAUCCCCGCUCCUCAGCGACGUGUCAUGGAGUCUGUCAACGGGCUGAAGUCUCUCUCGGCCGGGAGGGUGGUGGUUGUGAAGACUCAGGAGCAUCACAACGCACUGGGUGUGAUCCUGCAGGUCUCCUCGAACUCCACCAGCAGGGCAUUCACCGCUCUGGUCUUGUGUGAUAAACCCGUGUCUGAGGACCCACGGGAGAGGCGCUCGGCCUCCCCAGGUGUGCCCUACCCAGAGGACCUGGUGGGAUUCAAACUGUUCCUGCCUGAAGGGCCCUGUGACCACACUGUGGCCAAGCUCCAGCCCGGAGACGUGGCUGCCAUCACCACCAAAGUGCUCCGGGUGAACGGGGAGAAGAUCUUGGAGGACUUCAGCAGGAGGCAGCAGCUGAAAUUCAAGAAAGACCCUCCCCUCGCUGCUGUGACCGCUGCUGCCCAGGAAUUGCUGCGCCUGGCUCAGGCCCACCCGACAGGACCCCCUACCCUUGACCCUGUCAACGACUUGCAGCUUAAGGAUGUGUCAGUGGUUGAGGGGGGACUCCGGGCCCGGAAGCUAGAGGAGCUGAUCCGGGGGGCUCAGUGCGUGCACAGCCCCCGUUUCCCUGCCCAGUACCUGAAGCUGCAGGAGCGAAGGCAGCUACAGAAGGAGAUAGAGCGGCUGCGCUUCCUGCUGUCAGACCAGUCGCUGCUGCUGCUCCCCGAGUACCACCAGCGAGUAGAGGUGCUCCGAACUCUGGGCUAUGUAGACGAGGCGGGCACGGUGAAGCUGGCGGGGCGCGUGGCUUGUGCCAUGAGCAGCCAUGAGCUGCUCCUCACCGAGCUCAUGUUCGACAACGCUCUGAGUGCCCUGCGGCCGGAGGAGAUAGCAGCCCUGCUCUCCGGCCUGGUCUGCCAGAGCCCCGGGGACACUGGGGAGCAGCUCCCAAGUACCCUCAAACAGGGAGUGGAACGUGUCCGCGCUGUGGCCAAGCGGAUUGGUGAGGUCCAGGUGGCCUGUGGCCUGAACCAGACAGUGGAAGAAUUUGUAGGGGAGCUGAAUUUCGGGCUGGUCGGGGUUGUGUACGAGUGGGCCCGGGGCAUGCCCUUCUCGGAGUUGGCAGGGCUCUCGGGGACGCCCGAGGGCCUGGUGGUCCGCUGCAUCCAGCGCCUGGCCGAGAUGUGUCGCUCACUGCGAGGGGCGGCCCGCCUGGUCGGCGAGCCUGUGCUGGGUGCCAAGAUGGAGACGGCAGCUACCCUGCUGCGGAGGGACAUCGUCUUUGCAGCUAGCCUCUACACGCAGUGAAUGGCCCCAUGGGGAAUAAUAAAACAGCAAACCGCC